GGCACACUGAAUCCUGGAGACUGCAGCGCUUUCCUCAAUGUCCGACUGCCAGUGGGAGGAACUUUGACCAACCACCAGUUAAAUUAUUUCACAGCACUUACUGUCACUUUUGUUUUUAAUAUAUAUGUGUGUUGUUUUACAUGAAACGAGAUGUGGUUUAUUUAUUUACUAAGUUGGCUGUCGUUGGUGAUACAGAUAUCUUUCAUCACACUAGCAAUUGCUGCUGGCCUGUAUUAUUUGGCAGAACUAAUAGAAGAGUACACAGUUGCCACUAGUCGAAUAAUAAAGUACAUGAUACUGUUCUCUACAGGUGUGCUGACGGGCCUGUACCUGUUUGAGGGCUUCCCAUGGCUGAUGAUGGGCUGUGGUCUCUUCACCAACCUGGUGUACUUUGGCCUCCUGCAGACCUUCCCUUACAUAUUGCUGAGCUCACCCAACUUCAUUCUCUCCUGUGUAUUGGUGGUGUUGAAUCACUACAUGGCUUUCCAGUACUUUGCUGAAGAGUAUUACCCCUUCUCAGAGGUCCUGGCGUACUUCACCAUCUGCCUGUGGAUCAUCCCCUUCUCCUUCUUCGUGUCGCUAUCGGCGGGGGAGAACGUGCUUCCGUCCACCAUGCAGCAAGGAGAUGACGUGGUCUCAAAUUACUUCACCAAGGGCAAGAGGGGCAAGAGGUCUGGCAUCCUGCUCAUCUUCUCUUUCCUCAAGGAGGCAGUGUUGCCUAGUCGACAGAAGAUGUACUGAGGCUCUACCCGGGGGGCUUGGGGUGGUCAGGGUGGGUGGUAGGGGUACAAGGGUAUAUUUGGGAAGGGACGAAAGGAGAGGAGGAAGAAGAGCUCAUCGUAGCAGUGCAGACGAGAGCUUCCCAUUAUUGCUACGGACUAGCAGCAGUGUGUUUACAGGACUGGUACAUCUCUCAUACUCGCUCUCUUUCUCUCUCUAGCUCUGUUUGCAUCUGAAAUGGCACUGUUGCCUAUAUAGUGCACUAUAUAGUGAAUAGGGUAUCCAUGUCUGUCUGUGAUGAUGGUGACAGCAAACAAAGAACUGAAGGCCUUUGGCUCCUGUUCUCCAGCUACAGUAGGCGUCUCAAAUAGGCUCUCUUCUGCAUCAGACUAUUCUGUUCUGUUUUUUUAACUAAAACGAGUGUUUCUUAUUGGACAAGUUCAUGUUGUCCCCUCUCUGUUUUAGUCAGUUUACUUCUGUUUGGGGCCUAAUGAAUACGAGCCAGGUGGAGGACAGGUUGAAGGGGGGAAGAGGGGAACAGGGUUGGCGUGAAACGAGGCCAGACCGGAUGACUUCUUUGCGUCCCAAAGGGCACCCUGUUCCCUACACUGUGCAGAGACCCAUGGGCCCUGGUAAAAAGUAGUGCCCUAUGAAGGGAAUAGGGUACCAUUUUGGGAAGCAGCCCUUGUGUUGUGUGCUGGGUCGCUAACUCCCUACUAGUAUGGUGUCGCCUACUAAGCCAAUGUUUGUACGUGGCCGCAUAGGAACAAAUGAGUUUUUCUUUUGUAUACGUCUUUACUGUUCAACAAUCAUCAAUGACUCCAUGGCUCUCAAACGGCUCAUUCUCUUGAGCCAUUCAAAAGAAGAAAAAGAAAGCUUAAAUAAUACAAGGGAUUUUUUGUUGUUGAUAAAUUGAUAAAAAAACAGAAACAAACUAACAUGCCCACGAAUACUUAUGAAUCUGUGAUAAGGUAGUUGACGUGCAAUCAUUUUUGUACGCUUCUUAUGGGUGAAUCGGGUACGUUUGGCGAGAGAAACGGCUAAAGUGAUGUGUAGCAAUGCUAUUAAAGAGGCAGUUAUAUGG